CGACUUUAGGGUAAUAUGUUGAUUUGUGUCCGACUCUGAGCAAUAUUUAAGCCACAAAGGCAGACUUAUCUGGUGUCUUAUCUGGUGGCUGAGACGCGACUACAUUUCCCAUCAGCCCCGUGGGGCGCAUCAAUAUUCCUUCUUCAGUGCCGUUUUCUUGGUUUGCAGCUGGAUCAGCUGGAUGAACGCGCGACUGCGCAGCAGCAAAAGUCUUGAGGGGGAAAUCGAGUUGCGAGUUUUUCUUUGAAAACGUUGGAUUAUACGUCUCAUUUUCCAUAAAGGUCUAUUUAAAGUAUUUUGAUUUCUUUUCUGUAUUUUUUCUGUUCCUCAGUGAGUCUAAACUUUGGAUAAUUUAGAUAAAAAGAGCUUAAAGCAUACAUUUUGGGGGGUUUCGGUUUAAAUUCGGUAUUAGAUCACCUGUACAUGCCGACAGGAGUGUGUGUGUACUGGAGCAGUGUGUGAGCUCAGCAUCAGACUGUCGCUUCAGUUGGACAGACGAGGAUCCGGUGCCAACGCCUUUCCCCCCUCUCUCUCUCUCUCUCUCCGCUUCUCGGCUGGGAAACUUCAGCUCGCUCCGACCGACCCAAGGGCUCGUUUGACGGCGUUUCCUUUCAACUCAUGAGCUGCUGAAACUCCGAUCCGACACUAAAGCAGUUGUUAGAGAGUGAAAAUGGGCUGCACGAUCAGCGCCGAGGACAAAGCUGCGGUGGAGAGGAGUAAAAUGAUUGAUAAAAACCUGCGGGAAGACAGAGAGAAAUCCUCCAGAGAAGUUAAACUGCUUCUGCUCGGUGCUGGGGAAUCUGGGAAAAGCACAAUAGUAAAGCAGAUGAAAAUCAUUCAUGAAGAUGGCUACUCAGAAGAGGAGUGUAAGCAGUACAAAGUGGUGGUGUACAGCAACACCAUCCAGUCCAUCAUGGCCAUCAUCAGGGCCAUGGGCCGGUUAAAGAUCGAUUUUGGGGAUGCUGCACGGGCAGACGAUGCCCGUCAGUUGUUUGUCCUGGCGAGCUCAGCGGAGGAGGGCGUGAUGUCAUCAGAGCUGACCGGUGUGAUUCAGAGGCUGUGGGUCGAUGCCGGAGUUCAGACGUGCUUCGAUCGAUCACGAGAGUAUCAGCUCAACGACUCUGCUGCAUACUACCUGAAUGACCUGGACAGGAUCUGUCAGCCGAACUACAUCCCGACUCAGCAGGAUGUGCUGCGUACACGUGUGAAAACCACUGGCAUCGUGGAAACUCACUUCACCUUCAAAGAUCUCUACUUCAAGAUGUUUGAUGUCGGGGGUCAGCGCUCGGAGAGGAAGAAGUGGAUCCACUGUUUUGAGGGAGUCACAUCUAUCAUUUUCUGUGUCGCACUCAGUGACUAUGACCUCGUCUUGGCUGAGGAUGAGGAGAUGAACCGGAUGCAUGAAAGCAUGAAGCUUUUCGACUCCAUCUGCAACAACAAGUGGUUCACACUCACCUCCAUCAUCCUCUUCCUCAACAAGAAGGACUUGUUUGAAGAGAAGAUCAGCAAGAGUCCGCUCACUAUCUGCUACCCUGAUUACACAGGUGGGCACUCAUACGAAGAGACCGCAGCUCAUAUCCAGUGCAAGUUUGAGGACUUAAACAAACGAAAGGACACCAAGGAGAUCUACACCCACUUCACUUGUGCCACAGACACCAAGAAUGUGCAGUUUGUGUUUGACGCUGUCACCGACAUCAUCAUCAAGAUAAACCUGACAGAGAUCGGGCUCUACUAAAGCUUCAGGCCCUGCAGGUGUCAGGAGCAGAAUCAGGACUUCUCGGCUUGUCUGCAGAGGGUAAAUUAGAAAGUAGGUGUUACUAAGGACUGAGUUGAUGGCCUCGCUACAUGUAGGACCUAAAUUCCACAAUUUGGGGACUUGAUGCUACAAAUACUUAUGUCUUAAUAGAUGUUACAAUGCAGAGCGUACUGGGUGGUAAGUUGGGGACGCUUGUGAAAUGAUUACUGUGAGUCCUGUCAUAUAUAAGACCUUUGGAUCAGUCGGGCGCUGGCAGGUAAAGCCCCUCGGAUGUCUCUGACACAUUUAUAUUUUUUCUGUCAUAUGUACAAGGACCAAAACGGACUGCCUGUUCAUCAAAUCCAUCACUGCAUUUCACAGUUUCACAGCUGAUAUGUAAAUUCUGUUCACUAUUUUUCUGUUGCAUCUUCUCUUCGCUUAAGUCUGUUUCACAUUGCUUUUAUUGAAUGUUUGCCUUUGGUAUAUUUUAAUCUUUGAGUUGCAAUUAUAUAGUGUUCCACUUUUGGAUGUGUGAAUGCAAUAACUUAUGUAUGGAGAAGUGUUUUGUGUGGGAAGUUUUAAUGUAUAUAAUGUAACCUUUUGGGUCUGGGAUUAGUUAGAAAGAGUGUAAUGAACUCAGUAGCAACACCGCUGUCUACAUAGUUAAUUAUUAACUAGACAACAUUGUAUUGAACAAUAUUUUUAUACAUGAGACACAUCACUGCAAAUCUAUUUCUAGAGGGAUAUCUUGAUUUCCCUGUGUGUGUGUGUGUUUUUCCAUAGGAGAUUUACUACAACUAAUAUUAUUCACUCAGUGGACGUCAGUAUAGAAUUAUCUUUUUUUUUUUUUCAAGGUUUUUUUUUUUUUUUAAUCCUAUGGAUAUCAGUGAAGAUAUAUAAACACAUUAAACAUAAAAAGUGGGAUAGCUUGAACUAGCCAGAGGCUGUAUGUUUUCUUUGGCUACAGCCAUCACAUAGUACUGAGGAUGUCUAUUGCUGAUAUAAACAGAAUACUGUAGUGGAGCACUGUUUGGGUUAUAUCUGGCACUUCCUGCACAGAGAAAUCAUGCGAGAGAACAUUCUUCAAGGUUCAAUCUAGUUUUCUGUACAUUGCUGCGGUUGUAAUGGUUCAUUUUUAACAUCAUUAAAUGAUGGCACAAA